CCAGCCAGCUGGCGCGGGAGCUCGAAGAGGAGGGCCCGGGAUACUAAGGGAACGGAAAGGCAGGCCUGGCCCAUGAGCCAGGGCCACCAGAGGGCUGGGUGACUAGGUAGUCGACGCAGGGCUUGUCAUAGCAGGAGCCCCUGGACGGGGAAUUGGGAACCCGCCUCUGCCACAGCCUUGACCACAGGCGCGACCCUUCCCCUGUCUGGCUUCGGGGCCUCAUCUGCAAAAUGCGAGAGGUAGAGGCUUACCGCUGCUGGCCUGCAAGGCCCCCUUCAGCUCUGACUUGGAACUUAUGCUUCCAUGAGGGACUGAACUGGCACCGAGAGUGCUGGCAGCUCUGGGAUGAGUGAGCGCCAGGUGUUCGAAGCCUCUGAGCUUGCCUUCUUACUGGAAAACUGCAGCUCUUCCUAUGACUACGGAGAAAACGAGAGUGACUCCUGCUGUGCCUCCCCGCCUUGCCCCCAGGACUUCAGCUUGAACUUUGACCGCACCUUCCUGCCCGCCCUGUACGGCCUCCUCUUCGUGUUGGGGCUGCUGGGCAACGGCGCGGUGGCGGCCGUGCUGCUGAGCCAGCGGGCGGCCCUGAGCAGCACCGACACCUUCCUGCUCCACCUGGCUGUGGCCGACGCGCUGCUGGUGCUGACCCUGCCCCUCUGGGCGGUGGACGCGGCUGUCCAGUGGGUCUUCGGAUCAGGCCUCUGCAAAGUGGCGGGUGCCCUCUUCAACAUCAACUUCUACGCAGGGGCCCUUCUGCUGGCCUGCAUCAGUUUUGACCGCUACCUGAGCAUCGUGCAUGCCACCCAGCUGUAUCGCCGGGGGCCUGGGGCCCGCGUGACCCUCACUUGUGUGGUUGUCUGGGGGCUCUGUCUGUUCUUUGCCAUCCCGGACUUCAUCUUCCUGUCGGCCGGCCGCGACGAGCGCCUCAACGCCACCCAGUGUCAGUACGACUUCCCGCAGGUGGGCCGCACGGCUCUGCGGGUGCUGCAGUUGGUGGCCGGUUUCCUGCUGCCCUUGAUGGUCAUGGCCUACUGCUAUGCCCGCAUCCUGGCCGUGCUGCUGGUCUCUAGGGGCCAGCGGCGGCUGCGGGCCAUGCGGCUAGUCGUGGUGGUGGUGGUGGCCUUCGCCCUCUGCUGGACCCCCUACCACCUGGUGGUGCUGGUGGACACCCUUAUGGACUUGGAGGCCUUGCCCCGCAGCUGUGGCCGAGAGAGCCGUGUGGACGUGGCCAAGUCGAUCACGUCAGGCCUGGGUUACAUGCACUGCUGCCUCAACCCACUGCUCUAUGCCUUCGUGGGGGUCAAAUUCCGAGAGAGUAUGUGGAUGUUACUUACACGCCUGGGCUGUCCCGACCUGAGAGGGCAACAGCGGCAGCUGUCAUCUUUCCGCCGGGACUCGUCCUGGUCUGAGACCACAGAGGCCUCCUACUCAGGCUUGUGAGACUGGAUGAGGGGGAGGGGCUCUCCUUUCGCCACACAGCCUGACCACCCCCACAUUCCAGGCACUUCCCUCCCUCUCUCCCUCACCUCACUCCCCACGCAUGCUCCAGGGAUUCCCUGGUGGCCCCUCACCGCCUGGUCUCCCAGGGAGGCACCCCCCUGGCUCUGGGGGCUACACCGCUGCCGCUCCUUAGCCGCCAAGCCCUGCUGCCACUUCAGAGGUGGCCGCCCUGGUGCCCUUAUGGCCUUGGCUGCCAGGACCCCACUGUCCUUCUUAUUCAGUAACUAGACCUUGGUCUUCCCCAUGUUCAGGGAGCAGGAAGCCAGCAGCAUAGCAGAAGCUGUCCCUUAUAGGGCCUUGACUCAGGCCUCCAACUCAGCAGCGACCACAGCUGUGCUCCCCAAGGCCUCUGUAUUUGCUCGUUUAAUUUUUUUAGAUCUAAAAUUCUGCUUAAAACUUUUCAAUAAAUGAGAUCAGGACCAGA